CUGUCCUGCUCGCACUGAACGCGCAUCUACACACACACUGACACUUCGUCACCGUGGUUCGCUACACGCUCCUCGCUGCCGCCCUCGUCGCCAGCACCGCCCCGGCCGCAUCAACGUACACGGGCGCCAACACAGGGACCAUGGCCACCACCCACGUCGCCCUCACCCGCCGCGUCGCAGAGUUUGACUCCAUCGUCCACAGCGCCGCAGCGUCGGCGGCGGGCCCCGUGUAUGCGCGCGGAGGCAAUGCCGGGUCGACCAACAUCAUCAAGAGUCAGACGAACAACUCGCAUAUGCAAAACAACAGCCAUGGCAACAUUGUCAACAGCGGCAACAACGUCAAGAACACUUGCACCGUCCAUGCUCGAUCGCUGGACUUUGCGUCGCGCAGCCUGGCCGAGUUGCACGUGCAUGCGAGCCUGCUCGUGCGGCGCGACCUCGAGGCGCGCACCACCGCUGACGACAUCGCCUGGCUCAAGGCUGGCACGAUGUUCCAGAUGCAGCAGACUGAUGCCAUCGCCGCGCAGACCAGUGCACAGGCCAACCUGGCCAACGCCAACGAGCCCAACACGUGCAAGUGCAACUGCACCAGCCAGCGCCGGCGCCGCGACAGCCUCGGCGGCAAGCCGGGCCCGGCACACGAGGUCGCGAUCGGCGCGCCCGACUCGCAGACGCUCGUUGUGCGCCUCGAGCCGCGCUGCUCACUGCACCAGGAGCAGGCCACUGGCCCCCACGUGUACGCGGGAGAGUGCGGCGCCGCAAUGACGCUCAACGGGCGCGCGAUCGCCGACGUGCUGCAGCCCACACUCGAGCUGACUAUCUGAUGGUCGGCGCGCCGACGCGCAGAGAUACACAUGGUGGUAGCGGCGAUCGACCGUGCGUGCAGGUGCAUAGAAUAGGGGGGGGAGGGGGGCGCGUGUACAUGUAAUCCAUCCAGCACGACGUUCGCGAGGGAAUAAAAG